AGAGGAGCAUGUCCAACUCGGCGAGAGUGUGCGUCGGCGCCCGGUCCUGCCGUGGAGCUUCUUCAAGGGCCCUCAGUGUGGCCCCAGAAGGGCCGAGACGUAGAGGAGGGGACGGACAGGUGAGGAGCUUUGAGGAGAUCCCGCACACGGGGAGGAGCGGAUGGAUCAACCUGGUGAGGUUUUGGCGUGAGGAUCGCUUCAGGCUGCUCCACAAGCACAUGGAGAGGUCCUUCAACACCCUUGGGCCCAUCUACAGAGAGCACCUGGGCACCCAAAACAGCGUGAACAUCAUGUUACCGCGUGACGUCGGUGAGCUGUACCGCUCGGAAGGCCUCUACCCGCGACGGAUGAUCCUGCAGCCGUGGGCCACGCACCGAGAAACCCGCCAGCACAGCAAGGGAGUCUUCCUCAAGAACGGCGAGGAGUGGCGCGCCGACCGCCUCCUCCUCAACAAGGAGGUGAUGGUGAGCGCGGCCGUCAAGCGUUUCGUCCCCCUGCUGGACGAGGUGGCGAGGGAUUUCUGCCGGAUGCUUCAGGACAGAGUGGAGGCAGAGGGGGGAGGGAAGAAGGGCGACCGCGGCCUGACCCUGGACCCCAGUCCCGACCUCUUCCGCUUUGCACUGGAAGCCAGCUGCCAUGUUCUCUAUGGGGAGCGCAUGGGCCUCUUCUCCUCAACGCCCUCCCUGGAGUCUCAGAAGUUCAUCUGGGCUGUGGAAAGAAUGCUGGCCACCACACCCCCUCUCCUUUACCUGCCCUCCCCCCUGCUGGAGCGCAUCGGCGCCCCCCUGUGGACUCAGCACGCCACAGCGUGGGACCACAUCUUCAGCCAAGCUGAGACCAGCAUCCAGAGGGGCUUCCAGCACCUGUCCUCCAAGCUGGCUCCAAGGUCCCCUGGGGACCAGUACCAAGGGGUUCUGGGCCAACUCCUGGAGAAAGGACAGCUGUCUCGAGACCUCAUCAAAGCCAACAUCACUGAGCUGAUGGCUGGAGCUGUGGACACGACAGCAGUUCCACUGCAGUUUGCGCUGUUUGAGUUGGGCCGGAACCCCACCGUGCAGGACAGGGUGAGGCAGCAGAUCAGGGUGUCGUUGACCCAGGCUGAUGGGGACCCUCUCAAAGCCCUGCAGGGGGCCCCGCUCCUUAAAGGCACCGUCAAGGAGAUUCUAAGGUUGUAUCCAGUGGGCAUCACCGUGCAGCGCUACCCAGUGAAGGACAUCAUUCUUCACAAUUACCAAGUUCCAGCAGGGACCAUGGUCCAAGUGUGUCUUUACCCCCUGGGGAGGAGCGCAGAGGUCUUUGACAACCCGCUGACCUUCGACCCCGGCCGAUGGGGCGACAUGCGCGAGGAGGGGGUCGAGAGAGGAGGAGGAGGAGCGAGAGAGGAGGGGGCCGGCUUCCGCUCGCUGGCGUUCGGGUUCGGGGCGAGGCAGUGCGUCGGCCGCAGGAUUGCCGAGAAUGAGAUUCAGCUCUGUCUCAUGCACAUCCUGCUUAACUUCCACCUCAGCGUGUCUUCUUCACAAGACAUCAACACCAAAGUUACGCUCAUCCUGCAGCCAGAGACGCCACCAAGGAUCACCUUCAGGAAGCUCUGACAAACACGCAUUCAUAAUCUUCUAC